AUGUUUAUUGACCGAGUAUUGGAUGAAGCAAAGAAAGAGUGGGAUCAAGGAAAGGAGCCGACAAGAGAUGAUGGUUGCUACGCCAGUGCCGUGGCCUAUGAUGUCAUCCAGGAGAACAAAAUGUAUCAAAAUUUUCAUGAAGACGUCAUUAAGCAAAACAAGCCACACAGCAAAGCUUUCAUAAAGGCAAACCUCAGCUGUGUCGAACAGUUCAAGGACUUCCUUGUGGACCGCGAUCUGUUCCCAGAGGAUGUGCGGGAAAACUGUUUGCAGGUCCUGACUGAGAUGAAACAGUCUGCCCACACUUAUUUAUUAACCCCUGUGCACAAGGUCCUCAAGCCACACUACAAGAAGUUGGGAACCAGUGACUGGCUGAAGAAGAACACAUUUGAGAAGCUGCUGAAUAGCACUGAAGAAGAGCUUCAACAACUUCAGGGUUCGAGUCAGUCCUCUUACCAGGAGCUGAUUGGUCAGCUUCACCAGGAAGUGACAGAAGAAUAUGUCCGGAGGCUCCUGAAAGGAGAGGUCAAACUGAAGGACAGCAAUCAGCAGCAGAAGGCUUACGAGACUGUGAAAGAAAAUGCAGAGAAACUGCACGAGCUGUUUGCCGAAAUGGUGAGACUUACCUUCACUGCACACUUUAGCUGA